AUACUUAGCUUUAACAAGGUAUAUGCUACGGGGUUCAAUGAGUUCAAUUCCUGUUAACAUUCUUCUCCUUUCCUUGCUCCUUGUAGUAAGUGUUAGUCUUUGCUUCAGCUAUGGAAGCUUUACUCAAGGUUGCAGCCAGAUUGAGAGAGAUGCCCUUUUAAAGUUCAAGCAUGAUCUCAAAGACCCUUCAAACCGUCUUGCUUCUUGGGCUGGUUUUGGAGGGGAUUGUUGCACUUGGCGUGGAGUCAUUUGUGACAAUGUAACUGGCCAUGUCAUUGAGCUCCGUCUAAGAAGUAUUUCUUUCGCAGACUAUCUUGCUUCUAGUGGUGCUUCCACUCAAUAUGAAGAUUAUCUGAAGUUAAUCUUGAGUGGUAGGAUCAAUCCUUCAUUGGUCAGCUUGAAGCAUUUGAGGUACUUAGACCUACGAAACAAUGACUUUGGAGGAGUUCAAAUUCCCAAAUUCAUUGGCUUGAUAGGGAGCUUGAAACACCUUGACCUUUCAGAUGCUGGGUUUGCAGGUACGAUUCCUCACGGACUAGGAAAUCUCUCAGAUCUUAACUACCUUAAUCUCCAUGAUUAUUAUUCCCAGUUCAACGUUGAGAAUUUAAAUUGGCUCUCUCAACUUUCUUCACUAGAAUUUCUUGAUUUAAGUCUUGUGCAUCUUGGUAACGUUUUUAAUUGGUUAGAGGUGAUAAACACACUCCCUUCUUUGGUAGAAUUACACUUGUCAUAUUGCCAACUUCCUCCUGUUCCUCCAAUUCUCUACGUUAACUUUUCAUCCCUUUCUAUUCUUGAUUUGUCAUCCAACUAUGUUGAUGAAUCUGCAAUUUCCAUGCUAAACUUUCCUAGAUGGGUUUCUCAUCUUAAAACUCUUCUUUCUCUUAACCUGGCAAAUAAUAAUUUUCAAGGUCCAAUCCCGAAUGGUCUUCAAAACUUGACAUUGCUUAAGGCACUUGAUUUAUCUAUCAAUCACUUCAGUUCUUCUAUACCCGAAUGGUUGUAUGGUUUCGAACAUCUUAAGCUCCUCAAUCUUGGAUCCAACAACUUGCAAGGUGUUCUUUCAAGUGCCAUCGGAAACAUGACCUCCUUGAUUAGCCUUGACUUGUCAUUAAAUCAUGAGCUCAAAUUCGAAGGAGGAAUUCCGGGAUCAUUCAAAAAACUUUGCAAUUUGAGGACACUGUCCUUGUCAAACGUUAAACUGAACCAAGAUAUUGCUGAGGUCCUUGAAGUGCUGUUAGGAUGUGUUUCGGAAGAGGUUGAGUCAUUAGACUUGGCUGGUUGUCUAUUAUUUGGUCAGUUGACCAACCAUCUUGGGAAAUUUAGGAAUCUAGCUUACCUUGGUCUAAGGUCUAAUUCUAUUUCAGGUCCAAUUCCAAUGGCUUUAGGAGAAUUAGUGUCACGACCCGAAUCCCGGAUCCAUGACCGGCACAUAGGCAAGGUUCCAUACCUAUGCGAACCCAAACUUACACACAAACUUAUCAUAACUCAAUCAGAGUUCAACGCAGCAUUAAUAACAUUAGUGUCCUUAAGAAGUCUUGUCCUCUCUGAUAAUAAGUUGAAUGGAACUCUUCCAAAAUCUUUUGGGGAGCUUACGAAGUUGGAAGAGAUGGAUAUUUCUCACAAUUUAUUUCAGGGUGAAGUUUCUGAAGUUCACUUUGCAAACCUCAAAAAUUUGAGAAACUUUUCUGCUGCCGGAAACCAGCUGAAUUUGAGAGUAAGUCCUGAUUGGAUUCCUCCUCAACUUGUGUUCAUUGAUUUGAGAUCUUGGAAUGUUGGGCCUCAAUUCCCCAAGUGGGUUCGUCCACUUGAGCAUUUGUCAUAUUUGGAUAUCUCUAACUCGAGUAUUUCGAGUACUAUUCCUAUUUGGUUUUGGACCAUGUCAUUUCGAAUGGAGUAUUUAAAUCUCUCCCACAAUCAAAUCCAAGGGGUGAUUCCCAGUAAACUCAAGCUUGAUUUUACUGCUUCCUACCCUUUAGUCGACUUGAGCUCGAAUCAAUUCAAGGGUCCAUUACCAAGUAUAUUCUCUAAUGUGGGUGCAUUAGAUCUCUCCAACAAUUCAUUUUCAGGUUCCAUGCUCAACUUCUUAUGCCAUAAGAUAGAUGAGUUGAAGAAUAUGCAAGUUCUUAACCUCGGAGAGAAUCUUUUAUCUGGAGUGAUACCAGAUUGUUGGUCGAGCUGGCAAUAUUUGGUGGCGAUAAAAUUGAGCAACAACAAACUCAGUGGCAACAUUCCUGAUUCCAUUGGAGCUUUGAGCUUGCUUGAGUCAUUGCACAUUCGCAACAGCAGCCUAUCAGGUAAACUACCAAUUUCGUUGAAAAAUUGUACGAAGUUGAUCACACUUGAUGUUGCUGAAAAUGAAUUAGUCGGAAGCAUGCCAGCAUGGAUUGGAAAGAGGUUCUCAAGCAUGGUUGUCCUCAACAUGCGAGCAAACAAGUUUCAUGGCCGCAUACCGAGAGAGCUAUGCAAUCUAGCUUCUUUACAAAUCCUGGACCUUGCUCAUAAUCGCCUCUCGUGGAGUAUACCAACUUGUUUCAAUAAACUCAGUGCCAUGGCUACAAGAAACGAUUCUCUUGGAAAGAUUUAUUUGGACAGUGGAUCGUCUACCUUUGACAAUGUGCUUCUUGUGAUGAAAGGAAAAGUUGUCGAGUACAGUACUAUUCUUAAAUUCGUAAGGAGCAUCGACCUUUCCAGCAAUGCUUUAUGUGGGGAGAUUCCUGAGGAAGUUACACGUCUCAGUGAAUUACAAUCUUUGAAUCUAUCCCAAAAUUCCUUGACAGGAAGAAUUCCUGAAGGCAUAGGUUCCCUUCGAUAUUUGGAAUCCAUGGAUUUUUCUGUAAACCAACUUUCUGGCGAAAUCCCUCAAAGCAUGUCAGAUCUGACGUUUCUAAGCCAUUUGAACUUAUCCGACAAUAGACUACGGGGAAGAAUUCCUUCAGGGACUCAAUUACAAAGCUUUGGUCCAUCUAGUUUCAGUGGCAACGAGCUCUGUGGACCUCCACUCUCCAAGAAUUGCAGCGUGGAUAACAAGUUUCAUGUUGAGCAUGAAAGGGAAGAGGAUGGCAAUGGACUCAAGGGUAGGUGGUUCUAUGUGAGCAUGGUACUGGGUUUCAUUGUGGGGUUCUGGGGUGUAGUCGGUCCUUUAAUGUUUAAUAGACGGUGGAGAUACGUAUAUUAUCAUUUCUUGGACAGAUUGAGAGACCAAAUUUGGUGGCGUUUCAUGUAAUAAAUAUCAUAUACGUAUAUAUGUAUGUAUCAACAAGUGUUUGUAGUGUAGACAAAGUAUGUGUGUGUUUUACUAUUUCAUGUAUUAUCUAGAUCAUAAAUCUUUUGUAAUUUUGUAAGCUUUUAUUUUACAUCAUAAAAGUUUAAGUCGAACGUGGUUUUUUUACCUCUAUAUUAAUUAGA